AUGACAAUCACGUUCUACGAUAUCCCAUCGACCACACCCGAAUGCGCAUGGUCUCCCAAUACCUGGAAGAUAAGGUAUGCACUUAAUUACCGAAACAUCCCAUACAAGACGGAAUGGAUCGAGUACCCGGACAUUAAGGAGCACUGUAUCAAACACGGGAUCAAGCCCACAGGCAAGACCAGGUUCACAAAUGGCCCAGAGGUUAUCGAGAGAGACUAUUAUAGCCUACCGGCGAUCUAUGACCCAAAAACGAACACAUACCUCGCAGAUUCAUUGCGCAUCGUCGAGUAUCUCGAGCAUGCGUAUCCACCGUCGCCCUCGUCGCCGUCGCUCUUCCCAAAUAACACGCACGCGCUGCAGGUUGCAUUCACGACGGCAUACAAUGUCACCACAAGAGACGAUGGAGUUGCAGACUUCAUUGUCCCCGCCGUAUAUACGAAGCUAAAUGUCGCGAGCCAGCCAUACUUCCGCAGGACGAGGGAGGAGAGAUUUGGGAAGCGACUGGAGGACGUCUUUCCCAAGCCUGGAUCGGAGGAGGACAAGGCGGGCUGGAGCAAGUUCAAGGAAGUAACGGGGAUUUUGGAUGGGUGGUAUGCAAAAACCGACAUAUUUGGAGAAGACUCGGAGGGGAAGACAGUGGCGGAGAGGAGAACCCCCUUCUUGAUGGGCGAUACGCUAAGCUGGGGAGACCUGGUUAUUGCGGGUUAUACUAUAUGGUUGCGCAUAAUUUGGGGAGAGGAUAGCGACAAGUGGCAGGACAUGAUGACAUGGCAUGGAGGGCGUUGGAAGACCCUGAUGGCUAAUCUAAAGAAGUACGAAACAGUUCUGUAA